CGUAAUAUAAAUUAAAAUCAAUCUUAUAUAAUUUGGAAAUACUAGAGUAUAUUGAAACGACUUCAAAGUGAUAAAAGACAUAGAAUCGAAGAUGGAUCAAAAUAUUGCACAAACUCUGUUGACACACGGUGCUAAGUUAGUUUUAUUGGAUGUACCAGCAGGCACUGAUAUUGGCAUUGAUAUGAAAUCGUGGAAUACAGGGAAUAAUUUUAAGGGCAUUAAAAUGAUCCCACCUGGAGUUCAUUUUGUACAUUACAGUGCAGUAAAACUUGGCGAGAUGGCACCGAGAAUUGGUUUCUUUCAUGAUUUCAAGGAAAGUGAAUUCUUAAUAAGAAAAUGGGACAGCAAAGAAGAAGACAUCAGUGCAGAAUCUGUACCCGAGGAGACAAUUGAAAGAUUGAAGGAUAAUUUAAAAGAACUGGAUAGAUAUUUAGGACCAUAUCCAUAUGAGAUAUGGAAACAAUGGAAGGAAUUAUCAAGUAGGAUUACUGAAUCUCUCGUGGCAAGAUGUUCACCUUUAUGUGGUUAUGUGCGAUCUGCUUUGGAAUUGGAGAAUUGCAGUGAUGCUUUGAGACCACGUGGUGGAGAAUCUAAUAAUAAGCGAAGAAGAUCUGGUAAACUCACAGUGGAAGACAAAGAGGAGGAGUUACUUCCAAAUCUGAAACCAAAACCUGGCACAGAACUUAGACUCACAGAAAUACCCGACAAGCAUUAUCCCGAUGACGCAACUCCAAGCGAGAUAACGCGGCAUUCUCUUGAUUCCAGUUACGUUUUACACACUACCUUGAAAAAAAUACGAGAACCUAUCGAAAUCAUCGGGGAGAUGCAGCUGACAUUCAUCUGUUUCCUAGUUGGACAGAGUUUGGACGCCUUCGAGCAGUGGAAGAAACUUGUGACACUGAUCUGCGGUGUGGACAAAGCGAUUCCUCAAUAUCGUUUUAUCUAUAUAGAAUUUUUGCAAGUUUUGGAGACAGAACUGUUAUACGUGCCUGAAGAAGUUCUGUGCGAUAUUGUAGCAAGCAAUAAUUUCGUGUAUCACAAUUUGUACAAAUUAUUCGGUAAUAUUGAAUCAAAUUCCGAGGUGGAUGGUCGACUGAAGUCCUAUGCAAAACGUUUGCAGGACCGAUUGACCGCGAAAUUUCUAUGGGAUUUUUCGAAUUUGCUCGAAGAGACGGACGAUGAAGCACCUGUAAUCGUACCUCUAGCAUAAAUACAAACAAAAUAAACCAUCAAAUAUGAACAAA